GGAAACCAAGGCUCAUCACCAUGCUAGACAGCUGACACAGUUGAUGCAGUAUUCUUGGUAGACAAGGAGGGGAUUCCACUAGAAACCAGCAUUUCACUUGUUUCUAGAGCGUUGCUUGAGCCGUUUUGGUUCCUGGAUAUGCUGAAAAUCCUAACCAGCUCGCUGUCCUGAGAGGCAGUUUAGGGCUCAUGCUAAAAAAAUAGACACAUUUGAGUGACACCUUGGAGGACAUUGAUCCCAAAUGCACAUAAACAAAACUUGUUUGGGUUCGGGUAAAGCAGUCUGACGUUAAGCUUCUGAAGUGGCCCCGACCUUAAUCCUCUUAGGCGUUUGUAGACCGUUCUUCAAAGCCAUGUCUCCACCAGGAAACCAACCUAUUCAAAUGAGCUCUACCGUUUAUGAUAGGAAGAGAAGUUCAGGCAUAAACAAUAUGAUAAUCACCCACAUCCAUCUGAGAGUUAACAAGCACAGGUUUACUCAUGUUGUUUCCUUCUGUCUGCAGCGAAAACAUCUUUAAAAAGCCUUUGUUGCACAGUCAUAAAGUCCAGACUAUAGCUUGCUGCUCUCCCGUGGUUGAAAUUUCAACGUUAACCAUUUCAAUUACCAUCGUUUUAAUGGUAAUUUAAACUCAAAACUGUUACUUACUGCUGUAAGUAAAAAAAAAAAUUCACGGCAAUCAUUCAAACCAGUAAUCAUUUCAUCCCUAUAGUGGUCAAAUAUCCAUCUGGAGUUAUGUUAUGACACUGUUGAAUGGUACAAAAGGCUUAUGGCUUCUCUGCCGCCUGCUCAGAGACGCUAAUUCAAAUAUUAACCAGAGUGUUUGGAUGUGUUUGAUCCCGUGUAUGUAUAAAUCUGAGUGUGUGUGGAUUAGAGAAAAUAAAAAAUCCUAAUUAAACACAAACAUGUGUUCGAAUUCUUGUUUGAAAAAAAAAUCAUAACCAUUUUCACCUUGAAAAAAGAAGGGUUCAUAUACAUUUGUAAAAGCUGAAAAUGAGUAUGAUAUUCCUGCCGACCAUAAGUGAAUGUAAACUUUCGAACGGUUCCAUUGUACAGCAUGCACACGCGAAGCUCUCGUCUUUUGUCCUAUCCAAGUUCCCUAACUCCAGUUCUAAGUGAACAGAUACAAAAGACUCUUCAGACAGCAUUUAGUGGAUGUGCCGACUCCAACAGAAAACUUAGUUACUUAGUAUUGUAAAUUUCCCACAGUCGUCAUUACAUUGCCAUCUGCAUGCGAUCUUUCACCGCAAUGCCAUCUGCACAUAGCUGUUUUAAUUGCACUACCAUCUGCAGAUACUGUUUUCUAAUUUUUCUGAAUUUUAUUAACUUUUGAAUCAAACACUGUAGACUGCAAGCAUCAGUUGCAGGCUUUUUGCAUUUUUGCCAACAGAGCAUUGCUUCAGAUGUCCAGGAGUUGCCAAAGAGCCACCAAAGGGAACCGAGGCUGAAACACUGAUGCUCAGGAAAUCUUCACAUCACUUUUGUUCCAAGAAAGACACACCUGCUCUAAGUUUGAUGCUUCAACGGUUUGCAGCUUCCCAUCCUCAUGAAGGUUUAAUAAUAAUCAUAUCAGAGCAAUAUUGACUUGUUUGGGCAAAGGUACUGCAUGUUUGGGGGAGUAAAGGUGAGGCAUUCAGCAACAAGAAGACUUUAGCUAUUAUUAAAAAUGAUCGCAGUACAAUCAGGUGUUGGGGCUGUUUUGCUCUAAGUGGAAGGAGGUUGGAAAGGAUUGACCUUAAAAGGUUCUUCAGAGUUGACUGAUGAAUAAUUAAAGCGAGGUAAUAUUAAACUUUUCAAAUAGCCUUCUGAGGGCCAUGACCUGUAGCCAGUUGAAAGUAUUUGGACUGUAAACCAUCAAAUCUGAUUAAACUCCAUGAACAGGGCUGAUGAAAAAGCCUAAAAUUACAGAAUUCAAGCUGAUGCUGUCUGUUGAACUCUAAAAAACACAAAGGUCAGGGUGCAGCUUGCUGAAAAACAGACCUUCAAAUGCGGCGAUCUCAGAAUCUACCUCCAAAAUCUUGUUUUUUAUUCUCUUUUAGUGUGGCCUAAUGCCAUAAGGUCCAUCUGUGUCCCUGUUUGUAUUGUCUGCAUGCAUACAUCUAACUGGAACUUUGCUUUAUCAGUCUCAAACACACAGACACACGACUGGAAUUGUGACGCUGUUUUCCUGCUGAUUGUGCCAGCGUUAGAUGCCCCAUAUCCUGUAGCGCUAUAAGAAGCAGAGGCAAACUUUUCUACCAUGUCACUCAGGGAUCCUGGUGUUACGGCAGGAUCUUGAGAAAACACACUCUGUUCUUAGAGGAAACUAAGAAAGGUCACAGUUUUCAAGAAAAAAAGCAGAGACCUAUUCUUUCUUUUUUUUUUUCUUCCAACGUGUGAUGGAGUCUGUGUUUUUCUGCUUCAUUCUUUUUUAUUGCUUUGCGGUUCAUUUCCCUCACACUGUCAGCUCACACGCAGACUGGGAUGAAGUGGUGGUGGUUAAAGAGAACACAUCCGCCACCUUGGCCUGCGCCGGUGCCAGACUCCGAGGUGACAUAUCCAUUAACUGGAAGGUGAAGUCAAUGGACGCGGAUGAGUGGAAACUGAUUCUCUCAGCCAGCGAGAAGAAGAAGUUUUCUGGUGGUGCCUCGAAGGCAUCCAUGCGACUGACUGACGACAACUUCAGAAACACGGGGAAUUUCUCGCUGGUGGUUCGGCCAGAAGUGGAGGACGGAGGACUCUACUCCUGCCUUAUAAAGAAACAGGAGAGGAAAGUGAAGGAGAGGAUUUUCCUUUUAGCCGUCCUCACAGUCGGCUUCUUUCCCAAUGCGCCUGUCCCUCAGUACAGCACCCUGCGGCUGUUCGCCCGAGUCAGUCCUGAAAUUUCAGUCUCUAAAAUCACCUGGACGGCACCUGGCGGCCUUCCCAUGAAGACAGAGAAGUGGCCAAGCUCAGGCACGGUGACUAAACUGCCGGAGGUCCAGAACAUUGACGGUGGGACCUACACCUGUAAGGUCUACCCCAGGGGCAGCUCCACCAGUGUGCUGGCCGCAGAUGUGCACGUGACAGUAAACGCCAGCAGUGUGGCCUCAUUCACCAAUAUUUCAUACAACAAAGAGAUCUCCGCUGCCACUCAGGCUGAGAAAUCCGUCCUCCUGAAGUGCCCCCAGGUUAAGGGCGACUCUGUCCUGCUAUACUGGUGUUCCCCAGAUACCAAGAAGCACAGCAUGAAGUUGGUGUACAAGUACGACCGCUGGAGGGAUUCCACCUCGAAGCAAAGCCGCAAACUCCAGCUCGCCGGUCCGCCUUUUGACCCAAAAUCUGGGAACUUCUCCUUCAUACUCACACCUGAUUGGAAAGAUGGAGGCCUCUACACCUGUGAAGUGUUCCUUAAUGAAGUUGUAUUCAGCCAAAGGACAAGACUCAGUGUACUGAAAGUUAAAACCAGCGUCCAUCCCUCAAAGCUGGAGCUGUUGUGUCUGUACUCGGAGCGCUCCGAGGUUCAAAGUGUUGUGUGGGAACACGACAAUAAGACACGGCGGCUGCAGAUGUCAAGCAACAGCCCUGGCAGAAUCACCACCGCCCUGCCGCUGCCCAUCAGCCCCGAUGUAGCAGGGAAUUACACCUGCACCCUGCAGCUGAAAAACGGCCAGAGCGCCUGGGCAGUUCAAGCUGUCACAGUGCCCCCAACAGAGGGUGUCACCACCUCCUCCCCGCACCCUUCCCUCUCUGCUUUAUUACUCCUGGUGCCCCUGGCUGCAGCAGCUGUCGGCGUGUUGCUAUGGAGACAGAAACACAUUUCUGAUGGCGGUAUUGAGCAGUCACUGUCGGUCCAGUCCGGUGAAGCAGGGAACAUCUAUGAGAAUCCAGAGGACAUAAGACAGCAGGCCCAUCCCCAGGGUUCAGUUUACAUGGAUUUGAAGCCAAGAGGAGACAACGACAUCUAUAAGGAACUGGAGCGAUACGAGCAGUGUCAGGGCUGAUCACCUACCCACAUCUCAUCCCCAUCCAGCUGUCACAUCCUCUCUCUUCACAGCUGCCGCAAAAGGCCUUUUAUAAACAGGAGUAACUACUCACUGUCAGAGUUGGGGACUUAAAGAAAACUUUUGAGCUUCACAGAAAUGCUAUUUAGGUUUUUCUUUUCAAGCUAUCGCUUUUUAGAAGUUAUGGAAACCCACAAACCUCUCCAGAAUGGCAGGCUGUUAAGAUUGCACUGUAAAAUCUAAGGUGUUGGAUUUUAAAGAAAAACUAGUGAAAGGGCUACCAAUGAAAAAGAGUAUUAUUUGUUCUACUAACAAUACUUGAUGUUAGAUUUAUUAUUAAGACUUUGCAUUGUGCAGUGUGCAUCUCUGUGUUGGUUUAUUUGAUUUCAAUGAAUGGAAAAGGAAUCAGGACGAGUGAAAUGGAAUCAUUUUCCAACGCUACGCCUUCACUAUUUAAUAAGACAGCUGCGCUAACGUAAUUAGAACAAACUAUGAUGCUUUUCUAAUUUGCUGUGCUUGAACAUUUAAUUACUUUGUUGUUCAUUUUUAAUUAUGUCCUGUAAAUGUUUAAUCUUGCAUUGACGCUGUGUGUGGUACGCUGCUGGCUGUUUUGGCAAGGUCACUCUCUUUCGAAAAGGUUCCUACAGUUCAGCAAUUUCUAUUGCUGCUGAAAUGUAUUUCCAAAUAAAUAUACAAAAUAAAUCAGCUGUGUUUUUGCUGCCUAACAAGUAGAUAAAUAUAGCACAGACAGCGGGUAUUUAUUACAUUUAGUAUGCGGAUUGUCAAAAUCAGGCAUAACCAGGCACAACUGCUGGCACUAGAUGGAUGUGCUUCCAAAGUGAAAUUUGCUCUGUAUUGAAAAUGCAUCACUAGGCAUUGGUGGUAUGUACAGACCUCCUUGGCUGUGUGUUGGUUUCAGACAAAUUUAUGACAAAAUUCUGCAUAGGGUUAAAGAAAUUAAACAAAUAAGUACAAUGCCCAAAUGUUGCUGAUUUAAAACAUGUUUCUUUUCCACUAAAUAUUGUUUAUUAUUAUAGAAUAGUCAUCUGAUUAAACUGCUUGAGGUGGCUGUUAAUUUGUAAAUCUGUUUUAGUCUAAUUAAACAUUUCUGCUGAUUUCAAUGAAUCUAAAGGGAGACCCUGUAAUUCAUUACAAAUAAAAAUAAAUUACAAACA